GAAAAUAGAAAAAGAUAUUUAUGUAAUAUCUUGGUUCUGCAGAUCCCCUCCCCCGCUUCUAUAUAUACUCUUGUUUACCUCCUCUUCCAAAAUUCGUAAGUCACUCCUCAUAUUUCCUCCUCCUUCUUCUUCUUCUUCUUCUUCUUCUUCUUCUCUCUAGCAAUUAAGCCAUUACAAGCUGGUGAUCAUGAGUGAUAAUAAUCAAUCUCUGAUACCAUGCUUAACAGAACAGUGGGGAGAUUUGCCAUUCAAAGUUGAUGACUCGGAGGACAUGAUUGUCUACAGCUCCCUCAACGAUGCUCUUAGCUUCGGCUGGUUACCCGAUCACAGCUUGUACGAAUAUGUCAAGCCUGAGCCCCUCCUCUAUGAUCCCUUUGAUCACCAUCAUGCGCUCCCAAACUUUUUCACCCAAUUCCAACAAUACCAAGAUGUCAAUAAUGCUCCAAUCACCCUGCCCUUUGAACAUGAUCAUCAUGAUGAUCAGAAGCAAGCGCAAGUAGUUGAUGCAGCUGAUCAAAAUAAGGCGCCAAAGUCCGGGGUGGCGAGAGGGAGGCAUUAUAGAGGGGUAAGGCAGAGGCCGUGGGGGAAGUUCGCCGCUGAGAUUCGGGACCCGGCUAAAAAUGGAGCUAGAGUUUGGCUCGGGACCUACGAGACUUCUGAGGAAGCGGCUCUGGCUUAUGACCGAGCCGCAUACCGCAUGCGUGGCUCCAAGGCUUUGCUCAAUUUCCCCCACCGGAUUGGCUUGAAUGAGCCACCGCCUGUCCGAGUCACCGGCAAGCGCAAAGAGCCCGAGGCAGAGACCGCUGCGGCUGCUUCAACAACGCCGCCAAAAUCCGCUAAGAGGACCAAAGCCUCCUCGGUGGCUGAACAUGAUCAUCAUCAAGCAAAUGUGUUUCGGACAAGGCAAAACAGUAGUAUGGGUCUGCUGCCACUUGGCGAACAACUAUUGGUUAGCUAGGUGAUCAUUAUAUUAGUUGUGUACUGGCUUAGCUAGGGAACGGAUAUAUAAUAUGAGAGUUUUAAGUGGUCAAUGUGGCGUAAUUAUAAUCUGCAAUUGUUAAUUAUUUACAAAGUGAU